UUGUUCUGAAGAAAAUGAGCUUAAAGAAGAAAGAUCACAUCACCUUACAGGACCCUGAAGCCAAGUACCCCCUGCCCUUGAUUGAGAAGGAGCAAAUCAACCACAACACCCGAAGGUUCCGCUUUGGACUGCCCUCACCAGACCAUGUCUUAGGGCUCCCUGUGGGUAACUAUGUCCAUCUCUUGGCCCAAAUUAAGGACGAAUUGGUGAUCAGGGCUUACACUCCUGUCUCUGGUGACAAUGAUCAAGGUUUUGUGGACUUCAUUAUAAAGAUAUACUUCAAAAAUGUGCACCCCAAGUAUCCUGAAGGGGGAAAGAUGACUCAGUACUUAGAGAACAUGAAAAUUGGGGACACCAUUCUUUUUCGAGGGCCAACAGGGCGCCUGUUCUAUCAUGAUCCAGGUUCCCUUACAGUCAAAACAGUCAAAACAAGUGAGCCUGAAAAAAAACUGGUUCAUCACCUGGGGAUGAUUGCUGGGGGCACAGGCAUUACGCCCAUGCUGCAGCUCAUUCGCCACAUCAGCAACAACAGCAAUGAUAGGACCAGGAUGUCCCUCCUCUUUGCCAACCAGACAGAAGAGGACAUCUUGCUGAGAAAGGAACUGGAAGAAAUUGCCACAACUCACCUCCACCAGUUCAACCUGUGGUAUACCCUGGACAGGCCUCCUGAUGGCUGGAAGUACAGCUCGGGAUUUGUUACUGCUGACAUGAUCAAGGAGCACCUCCCUCCCCCUGGGGAGGACACACUCAUCCUGGUGUGUGGUCCACCACCUAUGAUCCAGGAGGCAGUUCACCCCAGCCUGGAGCAGCUUGGCUAUACCAAGGACAUGAUUUUUACCUAUUAACACAUCCCAUGCUCCUUGGCAGCUCACUCCCUGUUUCAGAGUGGGUUUGACU